CUUAUAAUUAUUAUUAUAAAGUGUGACACCUCAAGUAGUCUUACAUCGCAAGUAUGAGAAUGAUACAUGGUGACACAUAAAACUAUAAGCAUUUAUUAUCAUUAAUUAGAGACUAAAUAUUUUGGAGUAUAUUUUGUUAGGUUAAUCAAAUUUUAUUAGGUUUUAGAUGAAUCUAUCAUUAAUUUAGAGUUAACCAUUUUGAAUCAUGUAGUUUUUAGUUUGAGUUAUUCUAAACCUCUCUGUAGUCCGUAGGGGUUUGCGAAGAGCGGAGACGGGAAGAUUGACCAUGGCGGAGUUCGUUUGUUGCAGUAUCACGCGCCUAGAGUCAACCUCGCCGUAUCACCAUCAACGUUGCACGACAUCAUCUCAUUCCGUCGUUUUCGUCCCCGUUGAAAUAAGCAUCUCGAACUCAUCUCCACGCCCACGAAUCCCACCAGAUUCCGAAGAAUAUGCACCCAAAAGUCCCUUUUUUGUCUUCGAAGUUGCGUCUUUCCGCGUUUGCUUCAUCCGGAGAGACAAAGGCCCUUCCUUUAGCCUCCUCCUCCCGCUGCUUAUACUGAUUUGGUCCGUCUUGGUGGCCGGCUACUCGACGUGAAAUUGCUCUAUGGAGGCGAGUCAGGGAGGGGUUUUUGGCUGCACUGGUAGUUCCCCGUCGAUGGAGAGCGUACGGGUCGGUAAUGAGAUAGAGGAGGCGUCGGUGGAGACGCCGGUGGAGUCGGAGGAGGAUAAGGUCUAUGUCGCGGUGGCUGCGGAGCUGGAGGCCGGACUGACCACUCUUUUGUGGGCUAUUAAGAACAAGCACGGUGCCAAAGCCGUCGUUAUCGUUCACGUUCAUUCGCCAACGCAGAUGAUACCUAUGAUGGGGGGCAGUUUUCUUGCAAGCUCACUAAGUGCAGUGCAAGUCAGUGCUUAUAGGCAGAUGGAGAGGGAUAAGAUGAACAAAAGAUUGGAUGAAUACCUUGCUGUGUGCUUGCGACUGAAGGUAAGAGCUGAGAAGCUAGUAAUCGAGAAUGAUGAUGUGACAAGAGGGCUUGUGGAGCUUAUUGCACAGUUUGGCAUCACUAAGCUUGCCAUGGGAGCAGCAGCAGAUAAGCGAUAUUCAAAGAAGAUGAAAGAGCUCAAGUCCAAGACUGCAACCGGUGUGAAUCAACAAGCUGAUCCAUCAUGCAUGAUAUGGUUUGUUUGCAAAGGGAAGCUGAUAUACACCAGAGAAGCCAGUCUACAUGCUUCUUGGGCAGAAAAUUCACCAUCCAAGACACCUAAUCAGGACAGAAGAUUAAGCAAACCGGGAAGUUCAACCAAUCCCUGCGAAGAGAUUUCUAGCCAUUCUCAGAGAUCAGAUAAUUUGUCAGUAUCAAAUACCGACAAAGAGGUUAUCUAUUCUUGGUCAGUUUCAUUGCCCAGUGACGGAGAAUCUGAAGCUGGAUCAGUGAGUUUAUCUCCAGUGCAUGAUUCCGAGGAUCUGCAGUUUUCAUAUCUGCAUCAUGAGCUGGAAGAUUCCGACUCACAUUCUGAUUUAUUUAAUAAACUUCAAGCUGUCCUCAAGGAGGUGGAGAAUUUGAAGCGUGAAGCUUUUGAAGAGUCCUGCAAAUAUAGAAAAGCUGAAACACAAUUAAUGUUGUCUCGACAAAAGGCUAAAGCAUCAGAGAACCUGUAUGCCAAAGAAGUGAGAUACAGAAAAGAAAUUGAGGAAGCACUUGAUAGAGAAAAACUAGAAGUGGAAAAACUCAAAAACCAACAUGCUGCAGUCUUAAAACAGCUCCAGAAUGCAAUUGAUGAGAAUCUGGAAUUGGGACACAAGCUCACUGAAUCGAUUUGUACCACCAGAGAUUUUGAAGAGAAAAUCUCAGCUAACUGCCACCUCCUCCACUCGCUCCAGGAAAAAUGUGAUACAUUGCAGCGCGAACGAGAUGGUGCAGUUAAAGAAGCUGAAGAGCUACGUCAUAAGGCAGUGUGGACAAAUGCUGGCAUUUCUUGGCCUUUAAGCUUGGAAUUUUCCUACUUGGAGCUGGAACAAGCAACUCAAAAUUUCAACAAUUCUUUAAUGAUCGGCAAAGGUGGAUUUGGAAAAGUCUAUAAAGGUUUUCUCCGAAACACCACUGUGGCUAUAAAAAUGUUGCAUCCAAAAAGUUUGCAAGGCCAAAAUGAGUUCAACCAGGAGGUUGCUGUUCUCAGCAAGGUGAGGCAUCCAAACCUUGUGACACUGAUCGGAGCAUGCUCUGAUGUCUUAGCUCUCAUAUACGAGUUCCUUCCCAAUGGAAGCCUAGAAGACUGUCUUGCCUGUAUAAACAGCACUCCACCCCUCACAUGGCAGGUUCGCACCCGUAUUAUUGGUGAAAUAUGCUCUGCACUAAUCUUCCUUCACUCAAACAAGCCACAUGCUGUGGUGCAUGGUGAUCUUAAGCCUGACAACAUCCUUCUUGACUCUAACCUGGUGUCCAAGCUUGGUGACUUCGGCAUCUGCAGGUUCCUAAUUGAGUCCAACACCUCCGCGACCCCCUACCACAAGACACAUCCAAAAGGCACAAUUGCGUACAUUGACCCAGAAUUCCUUGCUACUGGGGAACUUACACCACAGUCUGAUGUUUACGCUUUCGGGAUCAUAAUCCUACGGCUAUUAACAGGAAAACCUGCCCCGGGCAUUGCUAGGGAAGUGCAAAAAGCCUUGGACGAUGGAUAUUUGCAUGCUAUGGUUGAUCAGUCUGCAGGGAACUGGCCAUUUGUGCAGGCCAAGCAAUUGGCACAUUUGGGGCUAAGAUGCUCUGAUACCAGUAGGAGGAACCGUCCAGAUCUUGUGGCAGAGAUUUGGAGGGUGGUGGAGCCCAUGAUGAAGGCUGCUUCAUUGUCUGUUUCAUCGGUCUCCUAUAAUUCAUUCUCCGAGGAAAAUUACCAAAUUCCUUCCUAUUUCAUCUGCCCAAUUUUUCAGGAGGUGAUGAGUGAUCCACUCAUAGCGGCAGAUGGCUUUACAUAUGAAGCUGAGGCUAUAAAGGGCUGGAUCGAUAGCGGGCAUGAAACUUCACCCAUGACAAACUUACAACUUCCUAACUGUGAGCUUAUACCAAAUCGAACCCUUCGUUCCGCCAUCCAGGAAUGGCUUCAGAUGCAGCAGCGGUCAUGACUUAAUUCUUUCUCCAAUUGCUGCAAAUUCUAUUUUCCCAUUUGGUUUGUGUACAUAGCUUUGUAAUACAUAUAAUUCGAUCCCUAGUUUUGAUACCUGUACAUACGAGCUUAAAAUAUGUAUAAUAAGCUCCUUUUUUACUGAGAUAUUUUUUAUUUUGAGGAAGUGAA